UUUCGUUCCAUUUCCUUCUCGUGGUUUUACCAAAUUUCGGUGUACGCCGCGCACCCCGCAAUUCGAAAUAUCGUUCUGCCCCGCGCCCGGCAAUUCCCUCGGAAACUUGAGCCCUGGAACCUAAAAGCUCUCUCUCUCUUGUAGAGCCUUAAUUCUCAGUAUCUCUUAAAAACAUUAUUUGAGAGCGAUGCUUAAAGGGAGAAGACGCCAUGGAAGACUCCAUCGGCAUUGGCUUUUUGAACGAACUCUGUAACAUAAAGUGAGUCCCUCCACCACUACAAUCCCUUUCAUGGCCGUAACCACCCCAACGUCUCUCCUCGGCCGCCUUCUCGACCAUGUCGGAAACAGAAACCUCAAUGGAAAACCCAAAAUCAUAAAACCUGACAUUCUCUCUCUACUCUCCUAUGGUCGUCUCAAACAAGCUCUCGGAGUCCUCUUCUCUAUCAAUAAACCAGUGGACCAAUCCAUUUAUGCUCACUUUCUCCAACUCUGCACCGAUAGAAAGGCUAUUAAUGAAGGUCGAAAGGUGGAAAUCCAUCUCUUGAAGUUUCAGAUGAACCCCUCUGUCUUCUUACUCAAUCGAAUUAUCGAGAUGUAUGCUAAAUGUGGAAGCAUGACUGAUGCACUCCAAGUGUUUGAUAGAAUGAGAAAGCCCAAUGGGGGAUCUUGGAAUGCGAUGAUAUCUGGUUUUGAGUAUUUGGGUUUUCAUGAAAAUGUGCUUGAUUAUUUUUGGAGCAUGUACGGACUUGGGAUAAGGCCCAAUCAGGUGACUUUUGCCUGUGUUUUAAGUGCUUGUGCUUCUUUAAUGGCUUUGGGACCAGCUCGCCAAGUCCAUUGCCUGAUCUUGAAAUGGGGGUUCUUUUCAAAUGUGGUUUUGAGCAGUUCCAUUGUUGAUGUUUAUGGAAAGUGCAGAGCAAUUGAAGAAAGUAAACGCGUUUUUGGAGAAAUUAAAAACCCGAAUAAUAUUUCAUGGAAUGUGAUAAUUAAGCGGUGUUGUGAAGUUGGUAGAGAAGAAGAAGCCUUGGUUCUUUUUUUUCAAAUGCACAGGGCAAAGGCCAAGCCUAUGAAUUUUACUUUUGCUAAUGUACUCUCUGCCUGUGCUAGUACAUUGGGUAUUGAAGAGGGGUGCCAAAUUCAUGCUCUCUCUAUAAGGCAUGGGCUUGACGUGGAUGAUUAUAUCACAAGCUCGCUUGUUGAUAUGUAUUCAAAAUGUGGAUUUCUCGAAGAAGCUAGACGAGUAUUCGAUAAUGCACAUACGAGGAAUGUCAUAACGUGGACUGCAAUUUUGUCUGGUUAUUCAAAGCAUGGGUUCACUGAAGAGGCGAGAAAUUUUUUUGAUGAAAUGCCCCAAAGAAAUGUAGUCUCCUGGAAUGCUAUGCUGGUUGGUUACACCCAAUUGUGUCGUUGGGAAGAGGGGCUCGACUUCUUUAGUAAAAUGAGGAGAGAGGCCUGCGAAAUUGACCAUGUGACUCUUGGGUUGGUUCUCAAUAUAUGUGCAGGUCUCACUGAUCUGGAAUUGGGGAAGCAAGUCCAUGCUUUUGUUAACAGACAUGGGUUCUCUUCAUAUCUCUUCACCUGCAACUCUCUUCUUGAUAUGUAUGGGAAAUGUGGGAGCUUGAGAAGCAUGGAUCGAUGGUUCUUUGCAAUGGCUCAGAAAGACAUUGUAUCUUGGAACUCAUUCAUGUCUAGUUAUGCUCGACAUGGACAAAGUGAAGAGACGCUAAGGAUAUUUGGGGAGAUGGAUAGAGAUGUGAAGCUAAAUGAAUUCACUAUCAGCACUGUUUUGGCUGCAUGUUCAAACAUUCUCUCUCUACAGCAUGGAAAACAACUCCAUGGUUACACAAUAAGGACUUUUCUCGAGAGAGAUAUAGUUAUCAGAGGGGCACUUGUAGACAUGUAUUCUAAGUGCCGGUGCCUCGAUUAUGCUCUCAAGGUAUUUUAUGAGGUAUGCUUGGCAGAUAUAGUGCUAUGGAACUCUAUGAUCUCCGGGUGUGCUCAUAAUAAAAGGGGCAAGGAGGCCCUUGAGCUAUUUGAGUUGAUGCAAGAGAGUGGAGUGAAACCGGACAAUGUGACCUUUGUUGGAAUUCUUGUUGCUUGUAUAAGUGAAGGAAUGGUUGAUAUUGGUAGGUGGUUUUUUAAUUCGAUGAGUGAGAAACACUGUGUUAUACCAAGAGUGGAGCAUUAUGCACUCAUGGUUGAGCUUUUUGGUCGGAAUGGUUGCAUGGAUGAGCUCAAGGAUUUUAUUGGGGCAUUGCCUUUUGAACCCACACCAGCAAUGUGGAUGUUGGUUUCCGAGUGUUGCAGGAAUCAUGGGGAUACAAGGUUGGGGGAGCUGGCUUCACAGCGCCUCCAUGAAUUGGAUGAGAUAGGAUUAAAGCCCAUUAAUUCUGCUCCCUGUGAAACCGACUUGGGGCUUCGAAAUUCUUUGAACUAAGAUGAAGCAAGUGCAAAUUUGUUUGGAUGAUUGAUUGAUGAUCUAUAUGUGCUGUUAUACUAUAAAAAGAAAAAGAAAAAUGUCUGGGUGAUUGAGUUGCAUGCAUAAAACACUGAGCAAUGUAACUUGAAAAGUCAUGGCUGUGAAAUUUGGGCCUCUCUUUGAUUUUGUACAAGUACACUGUACCAUACUUAACAUGUUCAUUGAUCGCUUUA